CUGCAUUGAUACGAGCAACUUCGAAGGCAGCACUUGCGAACUCUGGGUUUCUCUUCUGGGAUAAACGAAAUCGAUCCACGGCCUUUAAAACUUUCAUUGCUUCCCCUUCUCCGUGAGACGUUCUGGGUUUCCAAGAUUUUGAUUUCGAUAUUAAUAAGUUGCCAUUGGUCAUAGCUUGAAUAAAGGAUCAGUGUGAAGAUUUGAUUUUUUUUUUCUGAAAAAAUGGAGUGGAGAGGAAUCAUCUGCACUCUCUUCUUCAUUCUUUCCAUUGGAGAGUCUUCUAGUAGGUUCAGGAUCAUGUGGCUUCCUAACCUCGGUGCUGGUGUUGAUUUUUCUGGAACAUACUUCACUUGGCCAAUCUUAAGUGCCAGCGUCUUCGUUACUGUCGCCAUCCUCAUCUCCAUGUAUCUCAUCUUUGAGCACCUAGCUUCUUAUAACCAGCCUGAGGAACAGAAGUUUCUUAUUGGACUUAUUCUCAUGGUCCCUGUCUAUGCCCUGGAAUCGUUUCUGUCUUUGGUGAACUCAGAAGCAGCUUUUAACUGCGAGGUGAUUCGUGAUUGUUAUGAAGCUUUUGCACUCUACUGCUUUGAGAGAUACAUGAUAGCUUGCCUAGAUGGAGAAGACCGUACGAUUGAAUUCAUGGAGCAACAGACAGUGAUCACCCAGACCACUCCUCUUCUCGAAGGCACAUGUUCUUAUAAAGUUGUGGAGCACCCUUUCCCAAUGAACUGCUUCCUAAAAGACUGGAACCUUGGUCCUCAGUUUUAUCACGCUGUCAAAAUUGGCAUCGUUCAAUAUAUGAUACUGAAGAUGAUCUGUGCUCUAUUAGCAAUGCUCCUUGAAGCCUUUGGAGUUUAUGGAGAAGGCAAGUUCCAAUGGAACUACGGGUAUCCAUAUCUGGCUGUAGUCCUGAACUUCAGCCAAACAUGGGCAUUGUAUUGCCUUGUACAGUUCUACAACGUCAUCAAAGACAAGCUAGCACCCAUCAAACCAUUAGCCAAGUUCUUAACCUUCAAGUCUAUUGUCUUCCUCACCUGGUGGCAAGGCAUCAUCGUCGCGUUCCUCUUCUCCAUGGGGAUUUUCAAAGGGUCUUUAGCUAAGGAGCUCAAAACAAGAAUACAAGACUACAUCAUCUGCAUAGAGAUGGGUGUUGCCGCUGUGGUUCAUCUCUACGUCUUCCCAGCUGCUCCCUACAAGCGCGGGGAGAGAUGCGUCCGCAACGUAGCGGUGAUGUCGGAUUACGCUUCUAUAGACACGCCUCCUGAUCCGGAAGAGGUUAAGGACAGCGAGAGGACGACUAGGGUGAGGUACGGGAGGCAUGAUGAUGAGAGGGAGAAGCGGUUGAAUUUUCCUCAAAGCGUGCGUGAUGUGGUGGUGGGGAGCGGCGAGAUCAUUGCGGAUGACAUGAGGUUCACUGUUUCUCACGUGGUGGAGCCGGUGGAGAGAGGGAUAGCGAAGAUUAACAGGACGUUCCAUCAGAUAUCUGAAAACGUGAAGAGGUUUGAGCAGAAGAAGAAGAGGACUAAAGAUGAUUCGUAUGUGAUUCCGUUGAAUCCGUGGACGAAAGAGUUCUCAGAGGUUCAUGAGGAUCUUCAUGAAGGAGGGAGUGUGAGUGAUAGCGGUUUGGGGAGUACGAAGCGGCGUCAACAGUCUAGAGUCUCGGGACUGUGGAGUAGAAUGCGAAGGUGAGGACGAAAGAGUUCUUGUCUUCUUGACAAUUUGGACAAAGAAACUGUAUAUGUUUAUGAGAUGAUGAUGCUAAUGUGAUGGUUUACUUUAUACAGAGGUAACAAACAGAUUGCUACUAACUAAGUUUUCUCUACUCUUAAUACAAACUUUAUGGAGAAGUUAGAAUCUGUAUUUCGCUUAUGACAGAUGUUUACAUUAAAAAAGAUUUUAAAAAAAUUGUUGUGGUUAAAGAAUCUUAUCCUAGAAUCUGUUGUGAACCAAACUUCCA